UGUCCUUUCGUUUUGCGGCCUUACCAAAAUAUCCGGGAUGCUUGCCCUGUUACCUAUCGAAUUCUGCACUUGCGGUGCAUGAUCUGCGCACGCUUCCCGAUCUCCAUUUGGAGUUUUUCCAAUUUUUCUAACAACAUCCGUUGAGUUGACAACCACAUCUCGCCUUAUCUCUUCCAUGGCGUCAUUUUAAUUUGAGCGCUCAUUUCUUUGGCUUAUCCUACAUUUUUUUGGAGGAGCAGGUAUCUUCCCUCUACUACUUCCCACUUCUCAAUGAUGCAGCAAAACUACGAGGCUUCGCUGCGCAUCGCAAGGAUCGCCGCCCAUCUCAAUCCUCUCACCUCGCAGGUGGAGGAAGUCAACUUACUUCAUGGCUCAAAUUGCCGCUCCAAGGGUGGUUCUUCAGGGUUCAAAGUGGCAGUAUUGGGUGCUGCUGGAGGUAUAGGACAACCUCUUGCCAUGCUGUUGAAAUUAAACCCUCUUGUAUCAGUUCUGCAUCUCUAUGAUGUUGUCAACACUCCUGGUGUCACUGCUGAUAUCAGUCAUAUGAACACUAGUGCCGUGGUACGUGGAUUCCUGGGUCAACAACAAUUGGAGAGUGCACUCACUGGAAUGGACCUUGUCGUCAUCCCUGCUGGUGUUCCAAGAAAGCCUGGAAUGACUAGGGAUGACUUGUUUAAGAUUAAUGCUGGCAUCGUUCGAACACUCUGUGAAGGGAUCUCAAAGUGUUGCCCGCAUGCAAUUGUGAACUUGAUUAGCAAUCCUGUGAACUCAACUAUUCCAAUUGCUGCGGAGGUAUUUAAGAAAGCGGGUACCUAUGAUCCCAAGCGUUUGUUGGGUGUGACGACACUCGAUGUAGUGAGAGCCAACACUUUUGUGGCAGAGGUUUUGGGAAUUGACCCAAGGGAAGUGAAUGUUCCCGUGGUUGGCGGUCAUGCAGGGGUUACAAUAUUGCCUUUGUUGUCACAGGUGAAACCUUCUUGUUCUUUAACCUCAGAGGAAAUCAGUUAUCUUACGGACCGCAUACAAAAUGGUGGAACUGAAGUUGUUGAGGCAAAGGCAGGAACUGGUUCUGCAACACUUUCCAUGGCAUUUGCUGCUGCUAAAUUUGCAGAUUCAUGCUUGCGGGGAUUGCGAGGCGAUGCUGAUGUUGUUGAAUGUUCGUUUGUUACUUCUCAGGUGACAGAAUUGCCUUUUUUUGCAUCUAAAGUUCGAUUAGGUCGUAAUGGAAUUGAAGAAAUCUUCCCUCUCGGACCACUGAGUGAGUAUGAAAGGGCUGGAUUAGAGAAAGCAAAGAAAGAAUUGGCAGAAAGCAUUCAGAAAGGAAUUACUUUCAUUAAAAAGUGAAGGAAUAUCAUUCCUUUGAAAUAGAGAGGAUGGUAUAUAUGUAAUAAUGUGCAUUUUCUGCCUGGGAAAAUAACUUAAUAUGUUGUAAUAAUUCAUUAAUAUGCUUAUAUUUGACUCCAAAAAUAAUUAUGGAGAAUUUAUACGAUGAUCAACCUUGUUCAUGGAAAUUGGAAGUUCUGCAGGUGAAAACUGGUCUAUAUUUGGUUGACUUUUGACAUAAUGAUAAAUUUAGUGGAAAAAAUUGAAUAUA